UCCACCUCCACCUUCCAGGCUGCCUGCCCCUCCUCUUUCUCUCCCCCCCCUGCGCUCCCACCACCGCCUCCUCCCCGUCGCCGCGCCCCGCCGCCGCGCUCGCCCGCCCGCCGGGAGUCCCGGACGCCAUUGCCCACGCCCCCAUGGACGGCGCCGGCGCAGGAGGGGCGUACGUCGCGCGCACGGCGGAGGAGGUCUUCCGCGACCUCCGCGGCCGCCGCGCCGGCAUGAUCAAGGCCCUCACCGAAGAUGUGGACAAGUUCUUCAAGCUCUGCGACCCUGAAAAGGAGAACUUGUGCCUUUAUGGAUAUCCCAAUGAGACAUGGGAAGUGACCUUGCCAGCUGAGGAAGUGCCCCCAGAGAUCCCUGAACCAGCAUUAGGAAUCAACUUCGCUAGGGAUGGAAUGAAUGAGAAGGAUUGGUUGGCGCUAGUUGCAGUUCACAGUGAUUCCUGGUUGCUGUCCGUUGCAUUCUACUUUGGAGCCCGCUUUGGCUUCGACAAAGAAAAUAGGAGGCGACUGUUCAACAUGAUAAACAACUUGCCCACUAUAUACGAGGUAGUGACAGGAAUUGCCAAGAAGCAGUCAAAGGAAAAGACUCCCAACAGCAGUAGCAAGAGCAACAAGCCCAGUAUGAAAGUGCUCUCGAGAGCCGAGCCCCGCGCAAAGGCCAAGGUGCCAGUCCCCAAGGACGAGGAGGAGAGCGGCGAGGACGAGGGCGAUGACGAGGAGGAGGAGCACGACAACACCCUGUGCGGGACCUGCGGCACCAAUGACGGCAAGGACGAGUUCUGGAUCUGCUGCGACAACUGCGAGAAGUGGUACCACGGCAAGUGCGUCAAGAUCACGCCCGCCCGGGCGGAGCACAUCAAGCACUACCGGUGCCCGGAGUGCACCAACGGCGGCUCCAACAGCAACAAGAGGGUCAAGACAUGAGCGCGCGGCGCCGGAGAAGGAAAAGCUGCGCCGCGCUUGCUGCGAGGAAAACCAAGCAAUCUUCGCCCAGCCUCUAGAUAUCAUUUAUUCAUGGCUUAGUUUCCUUCCUAGUCUGUAAGCGUGCUUCAUCGUGUUUUAAAAAACUAUGAGAUUUUCGUGUGUUGACAUCAACCAGCCUUUCUUUCUAGCAUGUAAACUCUGUCGACUGCCAGCUGACCAUUGCUUCAUUAUUCGUGGAUCCUUUGUAGUUCGUGACUCUGUUGCCGUCAUUCGUGUUGGCAUUUGCACUGAUCCUGGGUUGCUUGCUUGAA